ACUAGAAAUGUCAAUCUGAGCAAGGGAGUCCCAAUAAUCUAAAGCAAUCUGUAAGGACCUGACCUUAGUCCAUCCAGAUCAAUAGGGAAGUGAGGGUGGAAAGAAGAAGAAGAAGAAGAAGAAGAAGAAGAAGAAGAAAAAGAAGAAGAAGAAGAAGAGGAAGAAAUAAGGGGCGCAACCGGAUCGUUUACACUGGCUGUUCCCGAGGAAAUAUAGACUUCCCUUGCUUGCACCUUUGGUUGCUCACAUGCUCUCACUGUAAAAGUGGAUAUCGAGGCAAUUCCCUUGCUUUGUGUGAUUCCAGCAGACUUUUCCCCCUUUUCCUACCACCAUGUCUUUCCCUCAGCUGGGAUAUCAGUACAUCCGACCGAUAUACCCGCCGGAGCGCCAGGGGAUCGCCAGCAAUGCCCGGGCCGGGACCGAGCUCAGUCCGUCCGGCGCACUCUCCAACGUCCUCUCCUCCAUGUACGGAUCUCCUUUCGCCGCAGCAGCGCAGGGCUAUGGAGCGUUUCUGCCCUACUCUAACGAUAUAUCAAUUUUCAAUCAAUUGGGUGCUCAGUAUGAACUGAAAGACAGUCCCGGUGUCCAGCACCCAGGGUUUGCCCACCAUCACCCUGCUUUUUACCCAUAUGGCCAAUAUCAGUUCGGUGACCCGUCCAGACCCAAAAACGCCACCAGGGAGAGCACCAGCACCCUGAAGGCCUGGCUCAGCGAGCACCGCAAGAACCCCUACCCAACCAAGGGAGAGAAGAUCAUGCUGGCCAUCAUCACCAAAA